CUCUGCAAGUGGAACAGCGUGUGUAGCAGACCUUGGCAUUAUUCAAGGGAUCCUGGGCUAAGCAUCAUGACUUGGACAAAUGGUUUAGGUCUCUUCACCGGGUUUCUGAUGGGGUUUCUCCUCCUGUCCGUGUUCACCACGAAGGUGGUGCCUGAAGAGAACAUCGUUGCGACCAAGAAGGGCAAAGUCAGAGGGACCAGCCUGCAGGUGCUGGGGGGGACAGUCACAGCCUUCCUGGGAAUCCCUUAUGGGCAGCCCCCCAUUGGGAGGCUGAGAUUCCAAAAGCCAGAACCUCGGGAGAAAUGGGCAGAUGUUUGGGAUGCCACCAAACACGCAAACUCCUGCUACCAGCCCAUAGACACAACUUACCCGGGCUUUGCUGGCUCGGAGAUGUGGAACCCAAAAACCAACCUAAGUGAGGACUGUUUAUACCUGAAUGUGUGGAUUCCUUCUCCCAAGCCCAAGAAUGCCACUGUCAUGGUGUGGAUUUAUGGUGGUGGCUUCGAGUCCGGCUCCACUUCCCUGCCUGUCUACGAUGGGAAGUUUCUGGCCAGGGUGGAAAGAGUGGUGGUGGUUUCCAUGAACUACAGGACUGGUGCCCUGGGAUUUCUGUCCUUGCCAGGAAACGAGAAAGCUCCUGGAAAUGCAGGUUUAUUUGAUCAAAGGUUGGCACUUCAGUGGGUCCAGGAGAACAUAGCAGCCUUUGGAGGCAAUCCCAAAAGCGUGACUCUGUUUGGAGAGAGCGCUGGCUCGGCCUCUGUCACCUAUCACCUCCUUUCUCCUGAAAGCCAUCCUUUAUUCACCAGGGCCAUCCUGCAGAGUGGGUCUGCAAAUGCCCCCUGGGCUGCAAUUACAUCUUCUGAGGCCAGGAACAGAGCAGUGGCUUUGGCCAAACAGCUCCGGUGUCCCACCAGCAACGAGUCAGAGCUCAUUUUCUGCCUCCAAGACAAGGAUCCGAAGGAAAUAGUGGAAAAUGAAAUUUUUGCCGUUCCAGACGGUUCUUUUUUACAAAUACAAUUCUGCCCAAGCGUGGACGGUGAUUUCCUGGUGGACAUGCCAGAAGUAUUGAUGGAGAAGGGUCUUUUAAAAGACACCCAGAUCCUGGUGGGUGUUAAUAAGGAUGAAGGUUCCUUUUUUCUGGCAUACGGAGUGCCUGGCCUGGACAAGGACAGCGACGGCUUGAUCAAUAAAACCCAGUUUGAGGCAGCUUUAACUCUGGCCUUCCCAAGAGUGAGCAAACUGGCCAUAGAGUCCAUCAUCUUCCACUACACAGACUGGGAAAACCUGGGAAAGCCGGAGCACUACCGGGAUGCCAUCGAUGACGUCAUCGGGGACUACAUCAUCAUCUGUCCCGUGGUGGAGUUCAGCACCAGCUUCGCCCAGCUGGGCCACCACGUGUUCUUUUAUUUCUUUGAGCAUCGCUCCUCCAAGCUGCCCUGGCCAGAGUGGAUGGGGGUCCUGCAUGGCUACGAGAUCGAGUUUGUGUUCGGGCUGCCCCUGGAGAGGAGAGUCAACUACACCAAGGCUGAGGAGCUCCUGAGCCGCUCCAUGAUGAGAUACUGGGCGACUUUUGCCAAAACUGGAGCUCCAAAUGGGACCCUGACUGAUGGAAUAAAAUGGCCAGUCUUCACUAGUGCUGAGCAAAAAUAUUUGACACUGAACACCAAAACUUCUGAGGUACUGACAAAACCACGAGCUCAGCACUGUCGAUUCUGGAAACACUUUUUCCCCAAAGUGAUGGAAAUGACAGGAAAUAUUGAUGAAGCAGAACGAGAGUGGAAAGCAGGAUUCCAUCGCUGGAACAAUUACAUGUCAGACUGGAAAAAUCAAUUUAAUGAUUACACCAGCAAGAAGGAGCUGUGCAGUCUCUAAUUAAUAUGUUUACUCUUUCCAGUGUGUCCCUAGAACUGUUCAUAAGGCAAAUAUCCAGGUAGCUUCACAACCUGUUGAGCAUUAAAUAUAUUAUGCAGAUUAAAAGGAAAUAUGACAGAUACAACUCUGA